AAAGUUUUCUUGAACAGUGUGUUUCUAUUUCACUGUUUAGUGAUCUGACACUCAGACAUUUAUAAAUAAUCUUGCACUUUCCAUCUUCUGCUUCCCGCCACCACCUCCUUUUGUUUUGUUUUAUGUUGUUAUUUAUAGACUAACGGCUGUCUUGUAUUAUCCUCAUUAUUAACAUCUCUAUUUUAUUUUAAAAUAUCUACAUUUUAUUGUAUUAUCAGUAGAUCUAUAGAAUAAUGGAUAUCUUGUAUCUUUAUUUUAUUAUCAGUUGAUUAACACUUCAGACGGAAGUGAGGUCGCAUCGUUUUUGCAGCAGUUUAACAGCUCAGCGUUCAGCGUCCGGUUCCCAUAGCAACGGAGGAGCUCGACACACACAACACAACGCAGGCUGCAGAUUCAUCCGUGAGCUCCAGUCCCUGCUGUCUCUGCACCACAGACACCUUGUGAGGAGUCUUCAUCAUCGGUCUUCAUCGUCCGUCACACAGGAAACAUGACGUCACCGCGGGUGGGCGUGGUCAGAGACUCCAUGCUGACCGAUCCGCUGCUGAUCAAGGCGUCUCUGGGUCAGACCCGGUCCAGAGGUCUGUGUGUUCCUGGUCCAGAUUUCACUUUCGGAACCAGCAGCGGCUCGCUGAGAGACGGGGGCGUGGCUGAUGUUCUGUCCAGCUGGAGGGUUCAGUCACGGCGGGGAAACUCGGCUCCUCAUCGGCCGCUCGUCCCGGACUUCGUCUCUCUGAACCGGGACGCCGUGAAGUCCGGCCUGGUGACGUCCAAAGAGCUGAGUCAGUACAGAGCGCAGAGGGGCGGGGCCAUGCAGAACCCCGCCCCCAAACGGCCAGUUGGCGGGGAUGCACGGCGUCCGGUGGUGCCUGACAUCACAUUUGGAGUCUCAACAACCAGGGCGUCGUCCCCCCUGUCAGACGUCCUCUCUCAUCAGUACGCUCGCCGCUGGCUGGACGAACAGAUGAGCAGGAAUCAAACCAGCAACCACAAGCAGCUGCAGAGGAUAAAGCCAGGUUGUAUUCCAGACACCAGGACCAGCCUGCUGAGGAGGAGCAAAGCUCUGCCGCACAUACAGACACCGUUCAAACUGCCUCGCUACACACAGGUCGCUCCUGCUCUCGACACCUUCAGGACCGAGGAGGCUCGUCUCCGGGCCUUCAGGGCUCAUCAGUCGGACUCCGUGUCCAGGAGAGGAGAUCAGGGUCUGGGCACGUACAGUCUGAACUGACACGAACCGCUCUCUGAACAUGUGAACAUGAAACCCAAUAAAGCUGAAAACAAA